AACGCUCUGCUACCGCUCAUGGCUUCUCCUCAGCUCGACUCUACCCUAGUCCUCUGCCUCGUCUUCGUGGUCUCUUGCUUGGCCUUUGCCGUUAGAGGUUUCAGAACUAGCGGCAAGGAUGGCGCCGCUCGUGCAGCACCGCCUUCGCCUCCGGCGCUGCCCAUCAUCGGCAACCUGCACCAGCUCGGCACUGGCCACCUCCACCGGAGGCUGCAAGCGCUGGCCAGGAGCUACGGCCCUCUCUUCCUCCUCCGCCUCGGCUCGGUGCCCACCCUCGUGGUCUCCUCGGCCUCCCUCGCGGAGGCCGUGCUCAGGACCCAGGACCACGUGUUCUGCAGCCGGCCGCAGCAGCACACGGCCUGCGGCACGCUCUACCGCUGCAGGGACAUCGCCUUCAGCCCCUACGGCGAGCGGUGGCGUCAAAGCCGCCGCAUCGCCGUCGUGCACCUACUCAGCGCCAAGCGUGUGGACUCCUUCCGCACGCUCCGGGAGGAGGAGGUCGCGCGCUUCGUGGGACGGGUCCACGCGGUGAAUGGCGCCCAGGAGAACUGCAGCGAGCGCCCGGGAGUCAACGUGACCGAGCUCAUACUAAGCUUAACCAACACCGUCAUCUCGAGGGCGGCGUUCGGGAACAAGCUCGGAGGAGUGGAACCAGGGAUGCUCCGGGAUAUGAUGGGAGAGAUCAGCGAUCUGCUCGGUACGAUUGCCGUGAGCGACGUGUUUCCGCGACUCCGUUGGGUGGACUGGGCGACGGGGCUCGACGCGAGGGUGAAGAGGGCGGCGGCUAAGCUCGAUAACGUUCUCGAGAAGGCGGUCCAGGAGCACGAGAGAAGCAAAGGAGACGACGGCGGCGAGGCUGGUGACCUCCUGGACGACUUGCUCUCUAUCGUCAAGGAUGGUGAUCAGGGGUCCAAGCUGGACCGGACUGAUGUCAAGGCAAUCAUCUCGGACAUGUUCCUGGCAGGAACAGACACGACUUCUAAGACGAUAGAAUGGACCAUGGCCGAGCUUGUCAAGAACCCCAGAGAAAUGGAGAAGGUGCAGCAAGAGGUGAGACGGGUUGCUGGUGCACGAGCAGGAGUCAUGGAGGAGGAUGUGGAGAAGAUGAGCCUCCUAAAGGCGGCCAUGAAAGAAGCACUGCGGCUGCACGCGACGGUGCCGCUCCUCGUCCCGCACGAGUCGAUCAAGGACACCUGGCUCCACGGCUACUACAUCCCGGCAAAGACUCGGGUCAUCGUCAACGCAUGGGCGAUUGGGAGAGACGGCAAGACAUGGGAGCACGCCGAGGAGUUUCGGCCGGAGAGGUUCAUGCGCGAGAACAUCGACUAUGGCGGUAGGGACACCCGGUUCAUACCUUUCGGUGCCGGAAGGAGGGGAUGCCCCGGUGUUGCCUUCGCGACUCGCCUGGCCGAGCUCACGCUAGCAAACAUGAUGUACCAUUUCGACUGGGAGCUGCCGCACGGGCAGGACCCCGAGUCGUUUGAGGUCAUUGAGUCCAACGGGAUAUCUCCUGGCCUUAAGUCUGCCUUGAUCCUUACCCUGAAACCACUGUAAUAUCAUUGGAAUAGGUGUUUCGUUACUGCUUUGUCCCUGCAUGGCCACUUUGCUCACUUAAUCUAUCGGCUUAGCUCACUUUACCUUUCAAAUAUUUUGGACUGAGAUAACCUUCUAUGGCCUUUCUUGUUGGCUUCGGUCAAAACAGUUGUAGACUUGCUGCAGUGAAAACAUUGUUGUGCCGAUUGCGAAGAAGGUUUAGUUGUGUGGCAAUGUUGUGAAAGCGGGUGUGAGUGGGUGAAAAGGCUAAAAUGUUCCUAGAGUGCUAAGGUCAGUUGAGCAAUAAAACAUGUGAUCAAUUGUA